ACUACCGGCCCGUUUCUUUCUUUAUACUUUUCCUUGCGUCGUUAACCAACCCUAAUCCCUACCCCGAGACUCUCGCAUCUUAUAUCGAUCGAUCGAUCGAUCUCUCCUCUUCGGCGCUUCGGGGAAAAGGGAAUCCAUGGCGAAGGGCUCGUUUAAGUUGGACCAUCCUCUCGAGAGGAGACAAGCAGAAGCUGCCCGCAUCCGAGAGAAGUAUCCUGAUAGAAUUCCUGUGAUUGUUGAGAAGGCUGAGAGAAGUGAAAUACCAGAUAUUGACAAGAAGAAGUACUUAGUUCCUGCAGAUCUUACGGUUGGACAAUUUGUAUAUGUUGUCCGCAAAAGGAUUAAGCUAAGUGCAGAGAAGGCCAUAUUCAUCUUUGUGAAGAAUACCCUCCCUCCAACAGCGGCAAUAAUGUCCGCAAUCUAUGAGGAGAACAAGGAUGAGGAUGGUUUCCUAUACAUGACUUACAGUGGGGAGAAUACCUUUGGAGCCGUCUAAGGUGAUGCAGGAAGUCCCUGUAAAUAAGGCUUGAAAUAAUUGUGUACAGUUUCGUCUUUUUCGUAUUUAGUCUAGCUUUGUUCGAAGUGCGAUAUGUCAUUAGUAUGAUGAUUGAUGGUCAGCUAGUACAAUUGUCAACUGUCUAACCACUGCUGUUCUAAUUUUAUAUCUUCUCUUGUUCUAGUACCCUCAUGGAUCUUCCAUUAUCAUGUUAUAGGAUUAUUCCUGGUUCUGUGUUGGUAGUA